AUGGGUGUUUGCGGCUGGACGGCAUGUCCGAGGCUGGUUGACCACCUAAGAACAGUGGGUGAAAAUGGACCAUCGUUCUUCGUUGGCAACCUCGCCGCCGUCGUCGAGAAAUUAGACGAGUGGAACACCCAGCUCCCGUUCGUCAAACCCUUCUACGCUGUUAAAUGCAAUGACAACAAGACUUUGCUUGCUCUCUUGGCCGGGAAAGGCUUGGGUUUUGAUUGUGCGUCCCAGAAGGAGAUGCAGCAGAUCCUACAGUGUGCGGUCGACCCCGAGGAUAUCAUCUUUGCUUCUCCACAGAAAGCAGAAAACCACAUUCUCUAUGCCCACGAGCAGCGAAUCCAAAAGACUGUGGUCGACAGCGAGGAGGAACUACGCAAGCUUGCUCGGCUCGCUCCCUCCAUGAAAGUGUUCCUACGACUUCAAGCCGAUGAUCCAACGGCACGCGUCCGUCUGUCGAAGAAAUAUGGAAUGUCCUUCCAGGAAGCCAUAAAGCUCCUGGCUAUUGCUCGUGACCUGUCCGUGAGCAUCGUCGGCAUCUGCUUUCAUGUCGGCUCAGCCGCAUCCAACCCAGCAGCCUAUUUCGAUGCCAUCGCCAUGUGUCGCCAGGUGCUUGACUUCAACAACAGUCUUGCCAGCCGGCACGCGAUCACGGCCAUUGACGUUGGCGGUGGCUUCACAGCAGCAAACUUUCGGCGCGUCGCACAAGCCAUUCGGUCCGCAAAGGCCAAAUACUUUGGCGAGGUGAAUGGCAUGCAAUGGAUGGCCGAACCAGGGCGGUUCAUUGCCAGCGAGGCGUUCUCGCUGGUGUGUCGUGUCACGGGGAUACGGAGUCGGCCCAAUGCAUCCUCUCCAUCAAACAAGGUGCAUAACGCAGAGAUCUUCGUAAACGAUGGCAUCUACCAGAACUUCUUGAACGCCUUAGUAGAAGGAGAAAAGUCGAUUCCCACCCCAGUCCUCCUGCACUGCAACGGCAACUCAGACCGCUCGGUUCCGCGCGAUGGCUGUGUCUACACCAUAUGGGGACAGACGUGCUGCAGCGCCGACAAAAUCAAGACCGCCUGUUCUCUUUGCUACCGGGUGGAAGAGGGAGACUGGUUAUGUUUCCCAUCAAUGGGUGCAUACACCCAGGUCACAGCCAGCGGAUUUAACGGCUUCUCCGCGGUGACGCCGAUAAUCUGGAUCCCAUCGGCUCAGAGACCCGGCGCAUGA